AUGGCACGAAUGUGGAGAGUUGCAACUAAGAUGUUAUCGAAUCGAACGAUUUUUCCUGCUGUGCAAUUGAAUGAUGGUCGCAUAUUGACAAGUGGAGGUCUCAAUGAUUCUCGAAGUAAUAAUGUUACUUCCGCGGCUGAACUCUAUUCACCAUCGACUGGCCAAUGGACAUCAACGAAUCCGAUGCGUCAACAGCGUUUCUAUCACACAAUGACUUUACUUAGUAAUGGAAAACAAGUAUUGGUUACUGGUGGACAAAUUAUUGUGAAUGAUACUAGCGUUCCACUAAAUACUGCCGAAAUAUAUAAUAUCACUUCAGGAACAUGGACGAACACUUCACGUUCUAUGCCUGAAAAAUUUGGACGACACAGAGCGACACUUUUAAAAAAUGGGCGUGUAUUAAUUGUUGGUGGCAACGUGUCAAAAGCAUACUAUUAUGAUGCAAAUAGCUCUUCUCUGUGGAUACCCACAGGACCUAUGACACAAAGCAAUCGUCGAGCUCCAACAGUAACAUUACUCGCUGAUGGUCGCGUACUUGUCACUGGUGGAUGGACAACUCCAAUGAUCGGUUUAAGCACAGCUGAGAUUUAUGAUCCAGUGAAUAAUACUUGGAGAAAGACAGCUAGGAACAUGACAACAGGAAGGGCCUAUCAUGCAGCUGUUCGUCUUAAUGACAGUAGUGUACUUAUUGCUGGUGGUUACAGUGAUCCAGCGUCAUUAGCUUCAGCUGAAUUAUACUUUCCAUCAAAUGAUUCAUUUGUUCGAAUUGCCAAUACAGCGUUUGGUGGUUUCUACAGCUCCCUUACUCUUCUUUCGAAUGGUAAUGUUCUUCUAACAUCUGGUGGAGAUGCCAAUGGGACUUGUUCUGCGAUCACUCAACUCUAUAAUCCAUCGACUAGACAAUGGUCGAAUACAAGUUCACUCAAUUAUGCACGUGAAGGAAAUUUCGCUUUCGUAGUAUCUAAUGGUGUAUUUACUUGUGGUGGUGACAAUGAAGGACAAGUACUUAACAGCUGCGAAUAUUACUCUCCUAUAUAG